GUGUAAAAAAAAAAAAAAAGUUGGGCAACUUCAUUUUCAUUGCGUUGCUGAUGUCUGUCCUGUCGAAUUUAUUUAUCAUUUUUAAACAGAUUUUAAGCACAAAUAUACGGUAACCUUUUGCAAGAGGUUUCGUAAUAACUUGACCGUCAAAAUGGGACGAGAAAAAAAGAAGUUUACAAGUGGAACAGCCACAAAUUUUAUCACCAGGGCGUCGGCAGUCAAGAAACUACAGCUGUCGUUGGUUGAUUUCAGGCGGCUGUGCAUCCUCAAGGGGGUUUAUCCGGUCCAGCCCAGUAAUCCAGCUAAAGCUAACAAAGGCAAGAGGGCGAUGAGAACAUUCUAUCGCAGCAAGGAUAUCUUGUUUCUCUCCCAUGAACCAAUCAUCUAUAAAUUCAGGGCACACAAGAUUUUUGCCAGGAAAGUCAAGACGGCCAAAAAGAAGAGAGAGUGGGGCCGGUUGGACAGAUUAGAAGAUAAUAAACCUGUGUAUAACGUGGACCACAUCGUCAAAGAAAGAUAUCCAACCUUUGUGGAUGCCUUGCGCGAUCUGGACGAUCCGCUGACAAUGUGCGCUACGUUUGCUGCUAUGAGGAAGAACGCCAAACUGGAAAGCAAACUGAUUCCACUGUGCAGUCGGCUGAUGGUGGAAUUUAUGAAUUUUGUCAUCGCUUCUAGAGCACUCAGAAAGGUGUUUUUGUCAAUCAAAGGUAUCUACUACCAAGGGGAGAUUCAAGGACAAACCGUAACAUGGAUCGUACCCUACAGCUUCAACUACUCGCGGCCGAGAGACAUUGAUCUGAGAAUCAUGUCCACAUUUGUGGAGUUCUACAGCAACCUGCUUGGCUUCAUCAAUUUCAGACUCUAUGCUUCCAUCAACCUGCACUAUCCUCCAAAGCUUUCAUUGACGGAGAAAUCCCGCACAUCGACACAGCUGGAGAAUGAGAGUAAUUUCUGCAUGGACAAAGAGGAAGAAGAGGAAAGGGUCGCGGCCUUGACCCAUGACCUGGCAAAGGUCAGCAAGGAACCAAUCACAGAAGAGGAAGACGAAGAGGUCAACUUGCAGGAUGAAGAACUGAUGGCUGGUGGGAGCCUGGACAGUGAGGCGGUGCAAGAAGCCAGAGCAGAGCAAGACAAGGAAGCCAAGUUCAAGACAUUGUUUGAAGGAUGCAAGUUCUUCCUGUCACGAGAAGUGCCCAGAGAAAUGCUAACAUUUGUCAUACGAUGUUUUGGUGGUCAGGUCUCAUGGGACAAGACAAUGUUCAUUGGAGCGACAUACGAUGUCAAGGAUGAAAGCAUCACACAUCAGAUUGUGGAUAGACCGCAGCAACGCAAGGAGUAUCUCUCAAGAUACUACAUACAACCCCAGUGGGUGAUUGACAGCGUCAAUGCCCGUCUCCUCCUGCCAGUCGAGGAAUACUUCCCUGGGGUGGUUCUACCUCCUCAUCUCUCCCCGUUCGUUCAGGAGAAAGAGGGUGAUUACAUACCUCCAGAGAAGCAGACACUGCUAGACCGACAGAUGGGCAUCCAGACAGGGAAGAAUACCGAAGAAGACGAUGACAAUGAUGAUGAAGACGACGAUGAUGACAAGGAGGUUAGCGAAGACGAAGAAGAAUCUCAUCUUGCUGAGGCUGAAGAGAAACACUUGAGUCAGCUUGCGAAGAAACAAGACCGCAAGGAGCAAAAACAUGACAAGAAACAAAAGACGGCCGAAUCCUCCAGGUUGUCUGUGGAGGCCGGUCAGGUGCAGCCAGUCAACGUCAUCUAUGAAGCCGAGAAGGAAGCCAGGAUGGAGCGAUCCCUGCAAGAAAUGAUGAUGACCAAGAAACGCAAACGGCUGUACCAGAAACUCAUGAAGAAACGCAAGACCAAACAGAAACAGGUUCGGAAGCUGACCAACAGACGAGAGCAGUAUGAGAAGGAUCAGAAGAUGAGUAAGACUAAGAAACAGAAAUCAACUGGGAAAUGAUCGUAAAACUGGAACAGCUCCUUGGAAUUAUGCUGUGUUGUUUGGAUUCUCUGUUGGUGAAAUAAACACUUGUACUGAGAGCUGUGAUUUUCUUUAAGCCAGGAUGAUAUAUUUGACCUGUCACUCACAAUAUGAGCCUUAAGUUGGAAUGGACAGUUGAUUUUUGUUUUCAGGUGAAAAUCUGCAAGUCCUUUUCUAUCAUUCCCAUUUUUUUCUUUCCCAUUUUUUAAAUUUCCUGUUCAUUCACUGUAAUACAACUGGGGGAUUUUUCAAUGCCAUUUUCUCAAAAAAUAUGUUAACAACUUCAAUUUAGUUGGCUGUCUAUAUUUCUGUUACCAAUUUCAGUACCCCCAAUGUUACAUACCAUUAGAAAACUCUUGUUCUGCUGGAUAUAGAAAUAAAAACAUCUCAAUUCUUAAAAAGUCAGCCCUUAUGUUUUGGUUUUUUUGGUGGCAGGUCACAUAUUUAACCCGAAUUAAGAGUGAAAACGAAAGCAUCACAAUGUUAGUACAGUUGUCGAUAUCAUGAAAUUCACUGCAUUUUGACCACAGAUAUAAACCAGCCUUACCGAUUACAGUCUUUAAGAUUAAAAUGAAAUCUUCAACUUUUUAAGGCAGUAGAAAGCAAGUUUGAACUUUAAAAGCCUUUCAACUCCAAACAGCAUACAUCCAGGAAUGAGAAUAGCGUAAAUAGUGGAAUAAGCCAUUUGCGAAUAACCUAUACCCUUUGCGAGUGAAUUUUUAACAUCUGGUACACUGACUUGCUCUUAUGCUUGGUACGUUUUAGCUUUGAAUUCUCCAGACCAAAGACACUGUUGCUAUAUCACAUGAUUUGGGGCAAGCUCUUGCAUAGUUACAUAAAAGAUGCUCAGCACCAAUACGUUGCUCACAAUGGGUGAGAAUGGCACAAAGACACCAGACCAUGCCGGAGCUGGGGGUUGCUAGUGUAAGACUUGCCCCGAUUCACGUGAUAAAGUUAGUCUUUUUGGCCUAGAGAAUUCAGAGUUAAAAUACACCAAGCAUUCGAGCAGGUCAUGGUACCAGAUGGCUUAUUUUGUUAGUUCGUUUUCAUGACAACUGGAAUGUGAUUUUUUGGGGGGGGGGGGGGGGGG